AUGGUUCAGGACGCUAUAGCGAUCUCAUCGUCUAGCUCUCUCGGACAAACAACCUGGAUCAGAGUCCCACGGGAAGCCUUCAACAGGGUACAAGAGAGUGAACAGAAGCAGGAGAGACGCGAGCAAGUGUUGGAAGAUCAGAACGACCACUCCAAGCGUGUCACAUCACACCAGCGUGCGUCGAAGCUGAAAAGGGAUGAACAGGUGUCAGAUGAGCGGCCACACUCAUGCGGAGGAGAUCUGUUAUUCCCCAGCCGGAGAGUCGUCGAUGCUGCUGAGCAGAGUAACGAGACACACUGGAAAUGGAUGAGAUCAGUGCUCGCCGUGCUGGUUCUGCUCGCCUCAUGCAUCUCGCACGCCUUGUGCGGCAUACCCAAAUGGUCCAUCCUGAUCGCCUUGAUCGCCGCGACCUCUAUUUGUCUGAUUAUCCACAUUUUCAAGUUCAGCGCUCCACUUCGAAUACUCACUGAGACGUACUGA